UUGUGAACGGUUUCAUCAAUACAUAUACGGCAGGAAAGUGAACGUGGAAUCUGACCACAAACCACUGGAGUCGAUAAUGAAGAAACCACUGAGUACAGCGCCUGCAAGGUUGCAGCGAAUGCUGCUGAGACUGCAGAAAUACGACCUUGAAGUGAGACACAAGCCCGGCAAGGAAAUCCCGGUUGCAGACGCCUUAAGCAGGCUGUACCUCGAAGAAACUGACCACAUGAGCGAGAGUUUCGAGGCACAAAUACAUCUGGUUACAUCACAUCUGCCUGUCUCCACACAGCGACUAGAAGAAGUCCGCAGGGAAACCGAGAAGGAUGCACAGUUGAUCAUCCUGACAGAGACAGUGAAAGAAGGAUGGCCAGAAACGAGACGGCAGUGCAACCCCCACAUAGCCGAAUUCUGGAAUCACAGAGACGAACUAACCGUCCAUCAAGGGAUAAUCUUCAAAGGUCAGAAGAUUGUCAUCCCGAGAGCCAUGCGGAGGGAGAUGCUCGACAUCUUGCACCAGAGUCACAUGGGUCAAGAGAAGACCAAGGCAAGGGCCAAGGACAUUCUGUUCUGGCCAGGCAUGAAUGCUCAAAUUGAGGAGAAGAUACAACAGUGUUCCAUUUGCCAGGAACACCAAGCUUCCAACAUCAAAGAGCCGAUGAUACCACACGCGGUCCCAGAGAGACCAUGGCAGAACGUUGCCACAGACCUGUUUUGCUACAACGGUGACGAAUUCAUCAUAGUCACAGAUUAUUACAGCAAGUUCUUUGAGUUCAUGAAGCUCAACAGAACCAAAUCGGCUGAUGUCAUCACGAAGAUGAAAAAACUGUUCGCAACACAUGGAAUACCUGAGAAGGUUGUGAGCGACAAUGGCCCACAAUUCGCAAGCGAGCUGUUCGCCAAAUUUGCAGAAGAAUGGGGAUUCAAGCACGUCACAGCGAGCCCCAGGUACCCACAGUCAAAUGGGUUGGCAGAAAGAUCUGUCCAAACAGCCAAGCGUCUGUUACGCAAAGCAGAAGCAGACAAGACAGACCCAUACCUGGCAUUGCUGGAGUAUCGCAACACACCGAUCGACAGCCAGCUUGAGUCACCAGCUCAAAUACUGAUGGGCAGAAGACUGCGAACAAAACUACCCACGACGAAUGAACAGCUAAUGCCGAGAAACGUAGAUCACAAGAACGUGAAGCAACAUCUCGAAGCACGACAGCACAAACAGAAACACUGGUACGACAAAAGUGCCAAGAGUCUUCCGACUCUGACAACAGGAGACUCUGUCCGAAUUCAACAAGAUGGUAGGUGGACACCUGCCAGCGUAAUCAGAGAGUGCGACCAACCGAGAUCGUAUGUCGUACAAACACCAGAGGGUACCGAGUAUAGACGCAACAGGAAACACCUACGGGCAACACCUGCAACUGGAACAUCAACAACACCUGCACCUGAAUCAUCGACAACACCUGCACCUGAAGCAGCAACUACACCUGCAGCGACCCCUGUUCCAGUAACAACGCAACAGGCGCCCUACGUCACCCGAUCAGGACGUGCGGUCAACCCUCCAACCAAGCUGAAUUUGUAAUGCAUGAGUUAAUGCACUGUAUGGACAUUGAA